UGAUGUUAGUUGACUACUGAACGUUCAAUUGAUAAGUAGCAUCUGAAAUUGACGGAAAAUAACCCAAAGAAAAACCAUAACAACAUGGCUAGCAUUCCACAGCCUCAACCACAGCAUAUAUUGCAAUUGAGUGAGGAUCAGCGUAAACGCUUUGUAGCAUCCUUUGAUCGGGUAUACAGCGAUAUCGAUGGUGUCCUCUGGUCAAUGGAGCAUAAUGUUCCACGAGCUAUUGAGGGUUAUGCCGCCUUGGAGCGUGCCGGCAAAGAGGUGACCUUUGUCACCAAUAACAGUGUCCGCACAGUCGAUCAAUGCAUUAAACGCUUCGGCCGGUUGGGCAUGAAGGUGGCCCCAGAACAGAUAUGGCAUCCGGCUCAAACUACAGUCCAUUACCUGCGCAGCAUAAAAUUUGAGGGCCUCAUCUAUAUAAUAGCGACAAAAGAGUUUAAGGAUAUUCUACGGGCAGCAGGAUUUAAGCUUUUAGACGGACCAAAUGAAUUUAUUGAGGAGAACUAUGAAUCUUUGGCCAAACACAUCUUUGAUCGUCAACCCGUGAGUGCUGUUAUCAUCGAUGUGGAUUUCAAUUUGAGUUCCGCGAAAUUGAUGCGCGCCCAUUUAUAUCUUCGUCGCCCCGAAUGUAUCCUCAUUGCCGGUGCCACGGAUCGGAUAUUGCCAGUGGCCAAGGGUGUAAAUAUUAUUGGCCCCGGUAUGUUCAGCUCCAUACUAAUAGAGUCCAGUGGACGGGAGGCUAUUACAAUGGGCAAACCUGGUCGUGAUUUGGGUGACAUGUUGAUGAAGCAUCAUCGCAUAACCGUGCCCAGUCGUGUGCUCAUGAUUGGCGAUAUGUUGGCCCAAGAUGUGUGUUUCGGACGUCGCUGUGGCUUCCAGACAUUGCUAGUGCUAUCGGGCGGAUGUACUUUGGAACAAUUGCAGUCUGAGAAACUUCCGGAGCUUUUGCCUGACUAUUAUGCCGACAGUGUGGCGGAUUUGGUUCAGUUGUUUGAUGGCGAAACCAUUAAGUCACAUGUCUAGAUGCCGUAAAGACAUAAUAUUUAUCCUAUAUCUUGUCCAGAAUAUUCGUAUUCAUACAUAUAUGUAUAUAUUGUUUACAUUUGAUCUAACUGAUCCAAAAUAUAUAUAAAAUGACAAUAUCUAAA